AUGAAUCCAGCGGUUGCAAAAUAUCUUGAGGAAAUCGGAUUUGAAAAAUGGGUCCGGUCGUACUUUCCAGGGGUUCACCCUGGAAGAACAGUUCUCACCGGUGGCGUAGUGGACUUCCAGGAAAAGAGUUGCACUUGCGGCUUGUUCCAGUGCAUGAAGUUUCCUUGUCCUCAUGCAUGUGCUGCAUCUCAGGAGCGAAGUAUUAGCGUGUACACACUAUGCUCGCCAUAUUACACAACAGAAUAUUGGAGGAGAACAUACGAAGGAACAAUUAUGCCAGUUGGUGACGAGGAUGAUUGGGAAUUACCUGAUGACAUAAAGAACAUGACAGUUGGAGUGCCUGUUGAGAAGCAACCAGUAGGGCGACCCAAGAAGCAAAAGGUUGGAAGAAUUAAGAACAAACGAACUGCUUGUAAUGGUGAAAGGAUUAUCAAAUCACGAAAAUGUAGCAAGUGCGGUGCCACGGGACACAACAAGCACUUGCACCUACCGAGGUUUAACAUAAAUUUUUAG